AGAAACCAAAUCAAGAAAACGUCUAUACACAAAAAAACGAAAGAAAUGGGAGAAAUAAUGGAAGUGAAACUAUUGGGAGUAUGGUAUAGUCCAUACGCCAUAAGACCAAAGAUCGCUCUUCAUCUCAAAUCGGUCGAGUAUGAUUACGUUGAAGAAGAUUUGUUCGGAUCCAAGAGUGAACUUCUUCUCAAAUCGAACCCGGUUUACAAGAAAGUCCCGGUGCUGAUCCACAACAACACACCGGUUUGUGAGUCUCUUAACAUCGUUGAGUACAUCGAUGAGACGUGGAACUCGUCUGGACCUUCCAUUCUUCCUUCUCAUCCUCAUGAUCGUGCUCUUUCUCGCUUCUGGUCUUCCUUCGUUGAUAACAAGUGGUUUCCGGCUUUGAAAUUGGCGGCAAUAACCAAAUCAGAAGAUGCAAAAGCAAAAGCCAUGGAAGAAGUGGAAGAAGGGUUGUUGCAACUCGAGGAUGCCUUUGUUUCUAUUAGCAAAGGGAAACCAUUUUUUGGCGGUGAAGCAAUCGGGUUCAUGGACAUUUGCUUAGGAAGCUUUUUGGUUCUCUUGAAAGCUAGGGAAGAGCUUAAAGGAGAAAAGCUUUUAGACGAAUCAAGAACUCCUUCUCUUUGUAAAUGGGCAGGCAAGUUCUUGUCUGAUGAUACGGUGAAGAAUGUGGUGCCCGAGAUCAAUAAAGUAGCUGAGUUUCUACGUGAGCUUGAGGUUAGAGCUCAGUCCGCAGCUUCAAGAUCUUAGAUAUCAAGUUUAAGUUUGUAUGUUUAUAGAUAUUGUCCCAAGAUUAUCACUAUAAGCAAAAUUUAUGGGUUUAGCACUUUAAGCAAAAUUUAUGGGCUUAAUCCAAGUUUGUAUGUUUAUAAUUAUAGAUAUUGUCGAGGUCAACCCAAGAUUAUCAGGCCAAAGUGUAAUCUUCAUUGUGCUAAUUUUGCUUAAAGUGCUAAUUUCUUUA